CGAUCUAUACGCGCGCACCGAUUUUCCGCGGGCUUUCGGUACGAAUCGCGCCAGCGCCGAGUCGAUUUCAUAGGGAAAUUUUUCACGCUCGACGGCACCGUUCUCGUCGAUAUUCGACAGCGAUCCUCUUGCCGAUCAGAGGGCAAAGACAUCGUUCCCCGUGACAUCGAAACAAUUCAGCGAAACGAGACGAAUUUUCGUGAGGUUCGAUGAGUGACACGGCGCCGAGUGACUCGUGAUCUGACAUUUCGGGUGACGUUCCGCACGUUUUUGGCCCAUAUACCUGUGACAGUGGUGCUAGUGAUAUUAUCUCCUGCGACAUGUUCAUUGCCAAACUUUUGCUCUGGUUCGGUGCUAAAAGAAGACUCUUCGCGCGCUGAUCGAGCAGCUGCAGAGUAUACGACACCGAAUGCCUAAUCUUGGGAAAGUCAAAUAGCCCGCGGGGCCUCCUGUUAAAUCACUGAAUAGCUGCUUUUCCGCAAACCCAAACGAACUAUGUACGGCAACGGCUUGUGCUUCAACUGCCUCGUUGGAUUCUUGAUUCUGCUACUGCUCGCGGCAUUACCAUGUAAAUGCGACGAUCAGAGUGUCGUCGUCAAGAAGGAGGAGAGCAAUGGAAAUGGGUCAAGUCUCGUCGGCGGCAAGUCGACCGCGCGAUCGACGAAUCCCUGGCUCGAGCUGAUGUACGGCCUCAUGGUCAAUUACGAUGAUAAUCAACAGGAUCUAUUACUCAAGUAUCUUCCACGCACCGGCAAAGAUGGAGAUCAAGAGAGUAAACCAGAGAGUAAAGAGAAAGAUAGUCAGGAAAUAAAAAGGAUACAUAUUAUGAAACGCCUUCGCAACUUCAUGAUGAUGAUACCCAUUGGAUUUCAGCUUCUUCAGUUACCCAUGGCAAUAGCCAGCGUAAAAGCAUCUCUUAUAAGAAGUAUUCUCGUAGCGAAAGUGGCCUUGUUUAUGCUGUUCUUGAGGACGAUAUUCACGCGACCACCGCCUCACAAAGUCGUACUUAUCCGGGCUCCGGCCAAAAUUCAUAACGAGCACGAGCAUCACGAUCAUUACUAUCAUCCAUGGGAGGAUCCAGAAGAUAAUAAACCAGGUUGGUUGGGUCAGCCAACAUCCUGGUUCGGUUGA